AAGGACUCAUCGUUUUCCCCGGGUCAGAGGGGAAUCGCUACCUCGGGCAUUUUCGUCCACAUCAGCAACCAUGGUCAUCGAAGACUCCAAGAGAACCCCAUGGCGUCAAAUGAGCGAAAAUAUGGCUGACCUUAUUGAGAGAAAUUUGGAGACGGACGGAUUCCGUUACUGGGGUAUCACUAUGUACCGAACCACCUACAAGAGCGACGCGGACUGGGCGAAAUUCCUCGAUCGGUUCAUGGGCAGUGUCCGCACAGAACUAGAAAGCUACGAUGGGCUCGAUAUGUUGGAUUCCUUUCGGCCUGUUGUGGUGGAAGACGCGCGCCGCUUUGACGGGGCCACGCCUAAUCAAAUACGGGACGCUUUUAAGGAGUGGGCGAGGCUGGCUUGCGAGACUGAGCAAGGUGUGCCAUAUAAACGUGCAGAGUCGGCGUACUUGGCCCGAUAUCGGCUGUGUAUCAUGGUUGACGAGGAGGCGUUACAGUCUGUGCUGGAAAUACCGACCGAGGACUUGGAAGCGUAUAAUACUGCUGGAUUUGUGAUUCUGAUCAAUGGGAGGUGGCCACCAGAGUGGGACCCCGAAGAGUUGACUGCAGGAGGGGGGCCAGCCGAUGGAUACGAGCCAGUGUACGGCUGUACGUUGGCUGAGGUUGGCUGGAUGAAGGUUCGAUAUGAUGAGGCGCAGAUUGGAGCCUCCUCACGCAUGAUUCAUGAUGGGAGUUGGAGCCAUGAGUAUCGACGGCCACCGGCCAUGGGUUUUCACUUUUGAGCGGAGACCGGUCCCAACGCCCGAGCAAUGUAUUUUCUGGACAAGAAUCAUGAACAAAGGCCCUGCAGAUCGGGAAGGCCAAUAGCCAGCAUCAAACAGGGCAUCGUUUCUGUAUGUCUCGGGCCCCUCUUUCGAUCUCUGAGAUCAAUUGGUUAUGUGUUGCGACUCCAUCCCGCGAC